UCGCAAACAACGGAACAGAGUCAUUGAAAUUGCUAACUGGAGAUGCCCAAGUGGUUAUUGUGCACGGUAUGUUGUCUGCUACUCAUAGCCUCAUCUCUGGCCAUCGAUGAGCUAGAACCAAAUGUGGAUGGAACUGAAGAAACAAACAAUAAGCUGCCCAGCGUGGUGCAGAGAGCUGUGUGCACCGUCAACGCCGGCGAGGUCAAGGCAUCUGCUGAAGCGGUCACCACAAAGACUCUGAAAGGAGUCUGCGGAUCAGAUGAAAUGAAUCUCGCAUUUCGCAAUCUGGAGGAGAAGUUGUACGGCGAAUUGCGGGAAAUCAAGGAAUUACUGAAGAAACUAGCGGAUGUCCAAGAAGAACAGGACAGCAAUGCCAUUCCAAUUGUGCCUGCACCCAGCAUCAUUAAGCCUUUCACUCUGCAGCGCUUUAAGUUUGAGCAGAUCACUGUGAAGCCCAACCAAGAGAUUGCAUCUAAGAAACUUCAACCACUGCUGAAGCAACUUGAGAGUGCGCCAGAGCGGGAGGAAGAAGUGGAUAAAUUCAAUAAUACUAUGCUGGCUGAUGAGGAUUUUAAAUUGUUUACGUAUUACUGGAAGCUGGAGAACAUUACGGAGCACUUUGCGAAUGCAUCGACGGAGUCCAUGAAGAGUCCCAUCUUCAGCAUUCGAGGUCGCACAGUUCAGCUGCAGUGCACGUUCCAGCAUUUGCAUCGCGAUAUGAUCAAUUUGCAGUUAACGCAGGCAUAUCCAUCCAAAUCGAAGGAGAACAAUAUUAUAUUGGAUAUGGGCGGGCAGUUGAAGCAUUUGAAGUGGGCUGAGCAUGAGACAUUGAAGCAUAAGAUUUCCUUACUCGAUCAGAGUCAGACCCAUCGACGCACUCAGGAUCUUAGCUCACAGGAACUGACCAAGCUCGACAUGGGAUUCUCCAUACCGAAUAGCGCGCUCUUGGGCAGCAAUUAUGUGCGUCACAACUCACUGCUAAUACAAGUUAUUUUAUAUUUGUGA